AUGGCGCAGAUCACAGCAGGAUCUUCAGGCAGAAAAGAUGAUCAUAACAAAGUACAAAAAAGACAAGGUAGAAGGUGGAAAAGAAGACCUCCACACAAAUUUACACAGAAUGAAUUAGAGAUUCUGAAACGAUCAUUUGAAGAGAAUCCAUACCCAACUCUCACUACCAAGAGAGAACUUGCCAAUGAACUCCACUGCCGUUUGUAUGUCAUUAAUAAUUGGUUCAAAUCUAAAAGGUAUAAACUACCACCUGCAGAGAAAAAGAGAAUCUUUGCCAUCAAGAAAUUGAACAAGUUCCAUGGCGAAUCGUCUCAGUUCCUGGUCUCCCCUAGUAGCCAGCCACAAUCUGACAACUCUUACAUGAGACAGACUGCCCCGCAGGACCAGAAGACACUACUAUAUACAGCUGGCUAUUCUACACUGGAGACACAGACCAUUCCCAGUGGACAUGUUGACUCAGGUGACUCUGUGAUCACAGGUAUUAACAAGGAACCAAGAUGUCCCCCCGAGUAUAAAGGUGACCCAACAAGUGGACCAUCUUUGACCUACACACCAGGCAAAUUUUUCUAUACAUCUGUGCAGUAUUUUGAAAGUGUCAGAUAUGAGGCAGAGGAAAGCUGCCAUUCUCUGCCCAUCCUUUCCCAUUAUGUUUUCACUGGCCAGGGCACAGCCCAGCAGCAAGAAGAGGGCAAAGACCAUUAUCAACAUAUGUCAUUUCAAGGGCAGCAGCCAAAUCCCUGGAGAUACCAUCUGCAGGAGCUAUCACAGCCUCAGUAUUACCAAGAGAAUUACCAGUUGCCAUGCCACAACCAAUUUUUCCCCUGCCAGCAUCCAAGUGGUUUAGGGCAACAAGAGCCCAAACUGUCAGCAGAGGAGGAAAGUAAUGAAUGUACCCUAAGCUCUCUGCUUCAGCAGGCACCAGCGCACAUAGCAGACAGGUCUCCACCACCUCCUGAGCAAGGGAUGCUCAGUUUUUGCAGAGCCUUCGAAGAUCUUCAGAUAAAAAAGAUGAUGAUAACAAAACACGAGAAAGACAAUCUGGGAGGCAGAUUUACACAGGAUCAAUUGGAGAUUCGGAAACAAAUAUUUGAAAAGGAUCCUUACCCAAAUUCCACAACCAAGGCAAAACUUGCCCAUGAAUUUGACUGCCAGUAUGAUGUCAUUGAUGUUGCAGACUGGUCAGGGAAGGAUUUUGAAAACGUCAAUUUGCACAUCAAGAAGGGUGACGCAAACCAUGGAAAAACUUCACGUAAAAAAGAUGACCGCAGCAAAGCACAAGAAAAGAAAUGUGGAAUGCGAAAAACAAGACUUCCACACAGGUUCACAAAGGAUGAGUCAGAAAUUCUGAAACGAUCAUUUCAAGAGAAUCCAUACCCGACUUUCACUACCAAGAAAGAACUUGCCAGUGAACUCCACUGUCAACUGUAUGUCAUUGAGAACUGGUUCCAAGAUAGAAGAUACCGACUACCACCUGCAGAGAAAAAGAGAAUCUUUGCCAUCAAGAAAUUAAAUGGGUUCCCCAUUCAAAGGUCUCAGUCCCUGCUCUCCCCAAAUAGCCAGGCACAAUCUGACCACUCAUCCAAGCAGCAAACUGCCUUGUAUGCCCAAGAGACACUACUACAUAGAGCUGGUUAUAAUUCACUGGAAACGCAUACAAUUCCAAGUGGACACAUUAGCACAGGAUAUUCUCUGGUCACAGGCAUUCACGAGAAGCCAAGAUCUUCCCUGGAGUAUCAAAGGACCGCAGCAAGUGAACAUUCUUCCACCUACACACCAGCCAACUUUUUUUAUCCUAAUACACCUGGGCAGUAUUUUGAAAGUGCCAGGUAUGAGCCAGAGAAAAGCCACCAUUCUCUGCCCUUCCCAUCCCAUUAUGUUUUCCCUGGCCAGGAGACAGGCCAGCAACAAGAAGAGCACAAGACCUAUUAUCAGUAUCUGUCACUUCAAGGACAGCAGCCAAACCCUUGGGGGUGCCAUCUGCAGCGGCUGUCACAGCCUCAGUGUUACCAAGAGAAGUACCAGUGGCCAUUCCAAGACCAAUUUCUGGCAUGCCAGGAUCCAAGGAAUUUAGGGCAACAGGAGCCCCCACUGGCAUUAGAGCAGGAAAGUAAUGAAUGUGCCCUGAGUUCUCUGCCACAGCAGGCACCGGUGCACAUAGCAGACAGGUGUCCACCACCUCUUGGACAAGUGAUGGAGCAAGUUUAUGAAGGGGAUUCAAGCUUUGAAGUGCAGUAUCUUGAGAAUAGUGUCCACUGGUGCAACCAUCAGUGUGGUUGCAAGUGA